GCGGCGAUGGGACGCUGAGAGCAGAUCGCGCGAAGAAGGGACCCCCUGCUGGCUCUGCGGGUGGCUUUCUCCGACCCCUCUCCCCUGCUUCCCUCGCCUUCGGGGAGGAGGAGGAGGAUGCCCCCUUCGGCGGGGAUUCCUUGCCAGUAGCAGCCAGGCUUCUUUCCGGACUCCUGGCCAUUUGGGAGAGACGCGGAGGGAGCGAGAGCCGGAGCCCGAGGCCGAGGCAGGUGGCCAUGGCUCCUCCGGAGGGAGCCAGCCCGGCCAAGGCGGCCCUUCUCAAGCUGAGGAAAGUUCGCAAGAGGCGGGAGAUGCUCCUGCCCCAGCUGGGCUUCAUCUGCGCCCUGCUCUUCUUCGUCUGGGGCAUGGCCAGCCUGCUGCCCAAGCUCGGACAAGAAUCAGCUAUUGUCAACAGAAAUGUCCUGUCAGAAUUAUGGAGGAACAGAAGAUUGAUGGCAUCAAAUAAUGAGUCACAUGAAGAAAAGAACUGCACGGAGCCAGGUGAGAAAUUGAGAGCUUUAAGGUAUUCUUCAUCCCCCAUUUCUGCUUUGUUGUACUGCUGUAGCAAAAGCUGCAGUGAUGUGUCAGACCUGGAAUUGUCUGCCAUGCAAGAAGAACAUUUAAUGAGCACAAAACUUGGUAAGAGACAAAAAGCACAGGAACUGAAGGCCUUGCCCAAGCAAGCAGAAAGGGAUACUGACAAAAAGAGAAUUGAAGAACUGCUGGAAGAAAAUAUGGUGUUGGAGAUUGCACAGAAGCAAAGCAUGAAUGAAUCAGUACACUUGGGCAGAGAACUGGAGCAGCUGUCAAAGAGCACAGAUCUCUCAGACACGAGGAAGUCUUUUGUCUUUGAACUAAAUGAAUGUGCAUCAAGUCGCAUUUUGAAGCUUGAAAAGGAUAACCAGAGUUUGCAAAAUAUAAUCCAGGAGCUCAGGGAUGCAUCUGUAACCACUGAAGAGAAUAGUCUUAAAUUUGUGGAACUGCAAAAUGAAAAUCAACAGCUUGGACAAAAGGUAAGUAAGAAAACAUCAGGUGAGCUUUUCAGGACCUGUUUGGAAGUUUGGCCUUAUCUGAGACUCUGCUUCUGGCUAGUGCUAUCAACUGAAGCCAUGUUUUUACCCCCCACCAUGCUAACCCUGCUCAAAAAAAGUUUUCUCUGCUUGUAUGGGUUGUCUGCACAGGCCAAAUGGCCGAGGCUUCCCGCCACUCUCACAUAGUCUAACGCAGACAGCGCAAGC